ACGCGCCCCAACGCGCCAACACGCGUCUCGUCGCGCCCUUUACGUAACGCGCGACCAUCGCGCACGGACCCCAUCGCCAGCGCCAGCUCGAACGGAUAAGUUUAGGCUGUGCGGCUGGAGUUGUGCUACAGAUGCGCCGAGCGUGGAGCGAGGAGCGAGCGCGGCCCGCAGCCAAAGCGGCCCCCGUCCGGCGCGCUCUCUGAACACACCGCAACACGUAUCUAUUAGACGGUCGGACAUGAAAAAUCUUGCUAAUUUGCUGGCUGUCCCUCUCAGCGAACUUGUGAUAAAUUUCAUCUCUCUAGUAGCCGCGGUCACACUGUCCUCGUGGACGACAGAAGGGCGCCCCGCCCGUACGAAGUGGUCGGUGGGAGAUCGCAGGCGCAGAGCGUGCAGCCGGACGCGGUUCCCCCACCACACACACCCGCCCAUUCUCUGUUAGCAGUAGGCUGUUCACUCGGGGGGAGCUCGAUAGACAAUGUCCGAGGACUUGGACUCGAUCAGCGAGGAAGAACAAAGUUUGUUCCGACCUUUCACACGCGACUCACUAGCUGUUAUCGAAGCUCGCAUAGCUGACGAGCAUGCUAAGCAAAAAGAACUCGAAAAAAAACGAGCGGAAGGCGAGAACGAUUUGGGGCGGACGAAAAAGAAAAAAGAAGUGCGGUAUGAUGACGAGGAUGAGGAUGAAGGUCCCCAGCCGGACGCGACCCUGGAGCAAGGCCUUCCACUGCCGGUGCGAAUGCAGGGCUCCUUUCCCCUGGAGCUCGCUUCCACACCUCUCGAGGACAUCGAUCCCUUCUACAAUAACCAAAAAACUUUCGUAGUUAUAAGCAAAGGCAAAGAUAUCUUCAGGUUUUCAGCAACGGAUGCUUUAUGGAUAUUGGACCCUUUCAACCCCAUAAGAAGAGUGGCGAUAUACAUAUUAGUUCAUCCAUUGUUCUCCUUAUUUAUUAUAACAACGAUUUUAGUGAACUGCAUUCUUAUGAUAAUGCCAACAACACCAACCGUCGAGAGCACUGAAGUUAUCUUUACCGGGAUCUACACGUUUGAAUCGGCGGUGAAAGUUAUGGCCAGGGGUUUUAUACUACAGCCAUUCACAUACCUUAGAGAUGCAUGGAAUUGGCUUGACUUCGUAGUUAUAGCUUUAGCUUAUGUGACGAUGGGCAUAGAUCUCGGCAACUUGGCCGCGCUCAGAACGUUCAGAGUUCUCCGAGCGUUGAAGACUGUGGCCAUCGUACCGGGGUUGAAGACUAUCGUAGGAGCUGUAAUAGAAUCGGUGAAAAAUCUGCGAGAUGUGAUAAUAUUGACGAUGUUCUCGCUGUCCGUGUUUGCGUUGAUGGGUCUGCAAAUUUAUAUGGGAGUCUUGACACAGAAAUGCAUCAAAGUGUUCCCCGAGGAUGGCAGCUGGGGAAACCUCACCGAUGAGAACUGGGAGAGAUUUUGUCAAAACGAAACAAACUGGUACGAGGAAGGCGGAGAGUACCCUUUGUGUGGUAAUUCAUCAGGAGCAGGACAAUGUGAGCCCGGCUACGUGUGUCUGCAAGGAUACGGUCCGAAUCCAAAUUAUGGCUACACCAGUUUCGACACAUUUGGUUGGGCCUUUUUGUCAGCGUUUCGACUUAUGACACAGGAUUAUUGGGAAAAUCUCUAUCAACUGGUAUUAAGGUCGGCUGGGUCGUGGCAUGUGUUGUUUUUUGUAGUCAUCAUCUUCUUGGGCUCAUUCUACCUCGUCAACUUAAUCUUAGCUAUUGUUGCUAUGUCCUACGAUGAACUGCAAAAGAAAGCAGAAGAAGAGGAACAGGCUGAAGAAGAAGCUCUGAGAGAGGCGGAACAAAAAGCGGCAGCGAGAGCGGACAAGCAGGAGGCUCGGGAGGCGCACGCGCGCGAGCAAGCAGCCGCAGCGGAGGCGGCCGCUUACGCGGAGGCACACCCAGCCAAGUCCCCGAGCGACUUCUCCUGCCAAAGCUACGAGCUGUUCGUGAACCAGGAGCGGGGCAACCAGGACGACAAUACGCGCGAGCGCAUGUCCCUCCGUAGCGACCCCUUCCAGGACUCGGUGAGCACUCAGCCCGCGCACAAGCCCGCCGACAUGCACCACGAGCCCGCGCGCCGCCAGAGGAAGGUCAGCAUGGUUCCCCACCCUGAACGCAUAAAUAAAUACGGGCAGUUAUAUGGGCCACUGCGGGAGGGCUCACAGGCAUCACUGUCACUGCCGGGGUCGCCGUUCAAUUUGCGCCGUGGUUCGCGCGGCUCGCAUCAAAUGGCUCUGCGGCCGAACGGCAGAGCCCGCUACCCCCCGGGCGCGGACAGGAAGCCUCUCGUGCUGUCGACGUAUCUGGACGCGCAGGAACAUCUACCGUAUGCCGAUGACUCGAAUGCUGUCACACCAAUGUCGGAGGAAAAUGGAGCUAUCAUUAUACCAGUUUACUAUGCCAAUUUAGGAUCUCGGCAUUCAUCGUAUACAUCACAUCAGUCACGACUUUCGUACACAUCUCACGGUGACCUGCUCGGUGGCAAGGCGCAGACGAAAGAGGCUCGGCUACGAGGUCGCUCGGCGUCCAGAAAUCAUAGCGUCACAUCGCAGCCUCAUGCCUAUGCUUUGCCAAGACCGGACUCAUCGAUUGCAUCACGACCUGUCAGAGAAUAUGAAAUGAGCACCACAGAAAGCACUGACGAAGCCGGAAAAGUUUUAAAGCCAUCGAAUGACAAUCCUUUCAUAGAAUCAUCACAACAGCCGAAUGUAGUCGAUAUGAGAGAUGUAAUGGUAUUAAACGAAAUCAUCGAACAAGCUGGUCGACAAAGUAGAGCGAGCGAGCAGAACGUGUCAGUGUACUACUUCCCAACAGCGGAAGACGAUGAGGAUGGGCCCACGUUUAAGGAAAGACUCCUGGAAUGCCUGAUGAAAGGGAUUGAUUUCUUCUGCGUGUGGGACUGCUGUUGGUUGUGGCUGGAGUUUCAGAAGUACGUCGCGUUGCUCGUCUUCGAUCCGUUCGUGGAGCUGUUCAUUACAUUGUGUAUCGUCGUCAACACGUUAUUCAUGGCCCUGGAUCAUCAUGACAUGGAUAGAGAUAUGGAAAAGGCGCUUAAGAGCGGAAAUUACUUUUUCACAGCUACCUUUGGAAUAGAAGCUAUGUUAAAGUUAAUAGCAAUGAGUCCAAAGUAUUAUUUUCAAGAAGGAUGGAACAUUUUUGACUUUAUCAUUGUGGCAUUAUCGCUGCUUGAGUUGGGACUGGAAGGAGUUCAGGGUUUGUCUGUGUUACGUUCGUUUCGACUGCUUCGUGUAUUUAAACUGGCUAAGUCUUGGCCGGCGCUAAACCUUAUUAUAUCCAUAAUGGGUAGGACCGUGGGCGCUUUAGGGAACUUGACCUUUGUACUUUGCAUCAUUAUAUUCAUAUUCGCGGUGAUGGGAAUGCAGUUGUUUGGGAAGAACUAUACAGAUUACGUGGACCGUUUCCCUGACGGUGACCUACCCCGCUGGAACUUUACGGACUUUAUGCACAGCUUUAUGAUUGUUUUCCGCGUACUCUGCGGAGAGUGGAUAGAAAGCAUGUGGGACUGUAUGUUAGUGGGCGAUGUAUCCUGCAUACCAUUCUUCCUCGCUACCGUCGUCAUCGGAAAUCUUGUGGUUCUUAACCUUUUCUUGGCUCUGUUGCUGUCCAACUUUGGUUCAUCGAGUCUGUCGACGCCGACCGCGGAUCAGGAUACGAACAAGAUAGCAGAAGCCUUCAGCAGGAUAUCCAGAUUCAUUGAUUGGGUCAAGCGCAACGUUGCCGACAUUCUCAAGCUGCUAAAGAACAAGCUCACCAACCAGAUAGCCAUACACGCGCCCGGCUUAAAGGCGGCAUUAUGUGGCCGCUGUGUCUCUUCAGAGCGAGUCGACAAUGAACUAGAACUGGGCGCAGACAUCGAUGAUGGAGUCUUAUACAAAGAUAAGAAGCUCAAAGAUCAAGUAGAAGUUGCAAUCGGUGAUGGAAUGGAGUUCACAAUACCAGGAGACAAUAAAUAUAAAAAAGGAAAAAUAAUGCUAAACAACAUAAAUGCAAUAACGGACAAUCACACCGACAAUAGAAUAAACUGUGAACUUAAUCAUCACGGAUUUCCUAUACAGGACGAUGACACGAUCAGUCAAAAAUCAUAUGGUAGUCAUAAAAUAAGAUCUUUCAAGGAUGAAAGUCACAAAGGUUCAGCCGACACGAUAGAUGGAGAAGAAAAGAAAGAUGCUAGCAAAGAAGAAUUGGGCUUAGAAGAGGAAAUGGUUGAAGAAGAGGAAGAUGGUAAAUUGGAUGGUCUAGGGAAACAUGACAUCAUAGUGGCUGCUGAUGAAGACGUUGUAGACGAUACACCUGCAGAUUGUUGUCCUGAACCAUGUUACCAACGGUUUCCUUUCCUAGCUGGCGACGAUGAAUCGCCUUUCUGGCAAGGCUGGGCGAUGCUCAGAUUAAAAACAUUUAGGCUGAUUGAGAACACGUAUUUUGAAACUGCUGUUAUUACUAUGAUUUUACUGAGUAGUUUAGCUUUGGCAUUGGAAGACGUUCACCUACCGCAUAGGCCUAUCCUUCAAGACAUCUUGUACUACAUGGAUCGGAUCUUCACAGUCAUUUUCUUUAUCGAGAUGUUAAUCAAAUGGUUGGCGCUUGGUUUCCAGAAAUAUUUCACAAAUGCUUGGUGCUGGCUUGAUUUCAUCAUCGUCAUGGUCUCGCUUAUAAACUUCGUAGCGGCGCUUUGUGGCGCUGGUGGCAUUCAGGCGUUCAAAACGAUGAGAACCCUGCGCGCGCUACGCCCGCUCAGGGCCAUGAGCCGCAUGCAGGGCAUGAGGGUGGUAGUGAACGCGCUAGUGCAGGCUAUACCAUCCAUCUUCAACGUGCUGCUUGUGUGUCUUAUAUUCUGGCUAAUAUUUGCGAUCAUGGGCGUGCAACUGUUCGCUGGGAAAUAUUUUAAGUGCGUCGACUUAAAUCACACGACAUUGAGCCAUGAAAUAAUCCCGGACCGUAACGCUUGCAUUUUGGAGAACUACACGUGGGAAAACUCACCGAUGAACUUUGACCACGUAGGCAAAGCCUAUCUGUGCUUAUUCCAAGUGGCUACUUUCAAAGGCUGGAUACAGAUUAUGAAUGACGCUAUUGAUUCCAGAGAGGUGGGACGUCAACCUAUAAGAGAGACCAAUAUUUAUAUGUAUCUAUAUUUUGUAUUCUUUAUAAUAUUCGGCUCUUUCUUCACUCUUAAUCUAUUCAUUGGUGUGAUCAUCGACAACUUUAACGAACAGAAGAAGAAAGCAGGAGGCAGUCUCGAGAUGUUCAUGACUGAAGACCAGAAGAAAUAUUACAACGCGAUGAAGAAAAUGGGUUCGAAAAAACCUUUGAAAGCUAUUCCUAGACCAAAGUGGAGGCCACAAGCGAUCGUGUUUGAAAUCGUGACUGACAAGAAGUUCGACAUGAUCAUUAUGUUGUUCAUUGGUCUGAACAUGUUGACGAUGACGUUGGACCACUACCAGCAGUCGGACACCUUCAGCGCGGUCCUCGACUACCUCAACAUGAUAUUCAUAGUCAUCUUCAGCUCUGAAUGCCUUCUCAAAAUAUUUGCUCUGCGCUACCACUACUUCGUCGAGCCGUGGAAUCUCUUCGACUUCGUCGUUGUUAUGUUUUCUAUUCUAAGUUUGGUACUAAGCGACAUCAUAGAGAAGUACUUUGUAUCUCCCACUCUUCUGAGAGUGGUGAGGGUAGCGAAAGUGGGUCGUGUGCUGCGGUUGGUGAAGGGCGCUAAGGGCAUACGGACGUUGCUGUUCGCGCUCGCCAUGUCGCUGCCCGCUCUCUUCAACAUCUGCCUCCUCCUGUUCUUGGUCAUGUUCAUCUUUGCGAUAUUCGGAAUGUCGUUCUUCAUGCACGUUAAAAACAAAGGCGGCCUCGACGAUGUAUACAAUUUCAAAACUUUCGUACAGAGUAUGAUCCUGCUAUUUCAGAUGUCAACUUCUGCCGGCUGGGACGGCGUGUUGGACGGCAUUAUCAACGAGGAGGAGUGCGAUCUACCGGACAACGAGCGUGGCUCGCCCGGCAACUGCGGUUCCGCCACCAUAGGCAUCACCUACCUGCUGUCCUACCUCGUCAUCUCAUUCCUCAUCGUCAUCAACAUGUACAUCGCCGUCAUUCUCGAAAACUACUCACAGGCCACCGAAGAUGUCCAAGAGGGUCUGACUGACGACGAUUACGACAUGUACUAUGAAAUAUGGCAACGGUUCGAUCCCGACGGUACGCAGUACAUUCGCUAUGACCAGCUGUCGGACUUCCUCGACGUUCUGGAACCGCCGCUACAGAUCCACAAACCCAACAAAUACAAAAUAAUAUCUAUGGACAUUCCCAUAUGCCGAGGCGAUAUGAUGUUCUGUGUGGACAUCCUCGACGCGCUGACGAAGGACUUUUUCGCGCGAAAGGGCAAUCCGAUCGAGGAGACGGGCGACCUGGAGGUCGGGCGACCCGACGAGGCCGGGUACGAGCCGGUGUCGUCAACGCUGUGGCGGCAGCGGGAGGAGUACUGCGCGCGGCUGAUACAGCACGCGUGGCGCCGACACAGGCGCGCGCACGACGAGCCGGCCAGCGAGGGCGGCGCGGGCGGGGAGAGUGGCGCGGGUGGAGAGGGCGCGGGCGCGGGCGAGGGCGCGCCCACCGCCGUGCUGCUGGACGGCGUGGCGGGCAACGGGCACCGCGUUGUGCUGCAGGGCGGCGGCGCUGCUCCGCGGCCGCCGGAGCCCGCGCCCCCACCCGCGCCCGUCUGA